AUGAAAAUAUCCGAAUUUGGAGCAGGAUACUUUAAUUUGCUAAAAACAAUAAUGGGUGCUGGAAUAAUCAGUUAUCCUCUAUUUUUUGCUAAGUUCGGAAGUGUGACAGCAACCAUCCUCUCUUGUGUGGCUGCACUUCUUACAUUCUCUAGUCUUAUUAUGCUGUGCGAGUGCGCUGACUAUGCGAAAAGCACAGACAAAACAUUUUCAGCUGCUUUGAGUAAGGUGUGGCCUGAGGUGGCAAGUUUCUUUAAUGUAGUUGUGUUUGUAAAGUGCUUUGGUGUGAGUAUUUCUUAUUUAAUACUUUUGCAACCAAUGCUUGCAUAUUUGCUAAACAUGACAGGCCUUUCCAUCUUCCAGAAUAUGCAGAAGAUGCAGGUUAUCUUCCUGUAUGCUUUAAUUAUGUUUCCAAUUUGCUCGAUGAAAGACUUAAAGAGUCUUCGGUAUACCUCUAUGAUUGGAAUAAUUGGCGUAUAUGUGUGCAUUGGUGGAAGCAUUUAUAAUUACAUUGUCACUAGAUCUGCAGUACCCACCUUCCCGGAGACGCCUUUAUUCACAGCCCCAACGUAUUCUUGGAUUGGCAUGGCUGGGCAGUUUAUAUUUUCAUUCACAUGCCAUCAGAAUAUAUUCAGCAUACGAGCAUCUUUAAAAGAACCGAGCCUUAAAGGCAUGAAAUAUAUUGUGGGUGCUGGUUUGUCAACUGCAUUAUCAUUGUAUUUGAUCUUUGGCAUGGUGAUUUAUAUUACGUACGGGAGUCAGAUACAAGACAAUGUCUUUGGUCUAUUUGUAGAUGGGCAUGUGAAGGAGAUGGUAUACAUGUUUUACACUGUGUUCAUUUCUUGCUCCUUUCCCUUGCAGGUUUAUCCUGCCAGAGACUGCCUGGCUGAGUGGAUCAGUGGGAGACAGAGUAAAAACGCGUCUAUAACACGCGUGUGCUGCACUGGUGCAAUUGUUUUAGUUGCUAGCCUGAUAUCUUUGCUUCCUGUGAGUUUGUCUACAAUUCAAACGGCUGUAGGAGGAAGUGCUUCUGCAAUUAUGUGCAACUUCAUUCCUGCAAUAUGCAUUAUGAAAAUACCCAAGAGCAAGUCUCCAAUGAUAAUGAUAUGCGCCUUUUUCUUAAUGGCUUAUGGUAUUUUAGCUGUCUCUGGUGUGUUCAUUAAGUUAAGCGAGCAAAUAAGUUCAAAGUAA